GAAUAAUUUGAUGAGAUAUUGUUUAACUAUCAUCAUAUUGCAUUGAACCAUAUAUGUGUUUUUUGGGGGCUUUUUAUUAACUACAAAAUAGCCCUUCAACUUGGUGAUGCUGUUUGUGUAAUCAAGUGUGUGCUAGUCUUAGGUUAUUGUGCACAAGUGCUAGCUUGUUAAUUGUUAUUGUGUUGAUGAGGGUGGUAAGGAGCUGACGAGAUGGAGGAGUUCAUACCUCUUAUGCUCACAACAGACACGCGCAAGAAAAUUACCAUCGGAUGUGAUCUGCUCAAGUACAUCAGUGAUCCAGCCAACUCCAUCGAGUGUGAUGAUAUUGGCAGAGUUAUUGAUGGUAUUGUACCAUGGAUGCAGAAUAGCAACUUCAAGGUGUCGACGCAGGGUCUGGAGGUGAUGUGUGCCCUGGUGGAGCGCAUGAAGGAAGACUUCAGACCGUACCUCAGCGGCGUCCUCCCCCCCACCAUCGACAGACUGGGUGUGUGA